AUGGGUUUUCGCAAGGCUUCUUGGCUCCCCACCUGCGAGUGCGUAGGCGCCUAUGCCGUGCGCGCGCGCAGUUACCCUGCGAUGGUUCACUACGAAACCUCUGGUGAAUUGAAAAGUGCAAUAAAAUUAGGUUUCUUUAAAUCUAUUAAUCAAUUUAUCAGUAUGACUACAGGCAGUAUUUUUAAAUGUAGCAUUCUGUUGGUGCUGAGCACCAUAGGCAUUGUACAAUGUGUAACAGUAUUAGGCCCUCGUGUUUUGCGCCCACAUAGUUUGUAUCGUAUAUCCAUAGCGGGAGGGUCCCGGGCGCAUAGUCUGUAUGUGGCUGUGGAGGGAAAGAAGUCCACCGGUGAGCAAUUCAGCCAGGGUCGGGAAGUUCAGAUACCAGCAGCUACGUCUAAACUUAUUAAUAUUGGGAUAAAUGACCCUGGCCCCGGACAUUACAAAUUAAUAGCAAGAUCAACUUCGGGACCUCAGUUCUCAUCAUCAGCAGUCCUCGUUUAUCAACCGAGAAGUUUCUGCAUUUUCGUGCAGACGGAUAAGAGAGUGUACCAGCCAACAGAGACAAUUCACUUUAGAGUGAUCGCCUUAGACAAGUACCUACUGCCGCUGUCGAAUGCUGUAGACAUCAACAUCUUGGACACGGCCGGAUCCCCCGUUAGACAAUGGGCUGGAGUGCCCUUGGACAGGGGGGUUUUUAGUGGCGAAUUGAUGCUAGCUGAUGAGCCCGCUUUGGGACAAUGGACAAUUCAGGUGGAAGUCCGGGGUCAGAGAUACUCGAAACAGAUUAUGAUAGCCGAUUAUGUUUUACCCAAGUUCCAAAUGGAAAUGAAGAUUCCGAAUGAGGUUUUAUUCAGCGAAGGUGGAUUCAAUAUUAAUGUUACAGCAAAACACUUCAACGGACUACCUGUUGUCGGCGAAUUGACGAUAUCUGCUUAUGCAGUAUUCUUCUCAAACCUCCUUCAACCAGUAUUCUCAACUCCUGCGCGUAAAGUAAUUGACUUUAAAGGUGACGCAACCAUCUCAUAUAGUUUGAAAACUGACCUCGACUUAGCUGAGGACGCGGCUCGACCGCUAGUCGUAGAGGCUGUCUUAGAGGAAAAGGAUACUUUGAUAAAACAAAAUAUUACUUCAAGAAUACUACUUCUUCGAACUCCGUACAGACUAAAGAUCACGUCACCUGAGUAUUUCAAACCAAGAUUACCCUACAAUGUACAAAUCGAACUCGUAAAUUCUACUGGACACACACUAGAUGUAUCAGAGAGCAUUUCUGUGGAGAGGUUAUGGGACGACGGGGCUCCAGUGAAUAUAACAACGUUGUCUUUGAACAGAGGAUCCGCUGUUUAUUCCUUUACACCAGAUGUAGCCCACACCAACUCCACCCUCAACAUUGUAGUAAAAUACAAAGAAGUAUCAGAGCGUGUAGUAAACGUUCAGAAGAGUAUUUCCCCGGGAGGACAGUACUUAUCCCUCGAAGUACUGUCUCGUAAUACAGCAGUCGGUGACAAUAUCAAAGCGAAAUUAACAGCCACUGAGCCUAUGGAUAUUGUUCACUAUUUGGUCAUUGGGAGAGGCGAUAUCGUGAUAGCCAAAACCUUGGAGCUAAGCCCAGCUGCACGCAACGUGGACAUAACAGUGGGGGUAACGAGCGCAAUGGCCCCUGGCUGCACACUGCUGGCGUGGUAUCCCCGCUUGGACCCUGCUGAUGCUCUUCUCAGUGCUGCAAUCUAUAUACCCAAUGACAAACUACUGCAAAACCAGGUAACCAUAACACCCGUGCCAUCUGGUGCGUCAAUAUUUCGUCCCAACGGUCUGGUAGAAUUUAAGGUGUCAAGUGAGGCUGGUUCGCAGGCAGCUCUGCUCGGCACUGAUAUGAAGGCCAUCACUUCUGGCCUUGGAGAUGCUCUAGGAAAUGGAUUAGACAUGCACACUGUUGAACGCGAGGUUGAAAGCUUCCUCGGUUUAAAACAUUCGAUGUUUAAAAAUGAAGAUACUUUGCCAGGAAUGGGAUUUGAUUUAGGAGGUCGCAAAGCGUCAGACGUAUUCCAAAAUGCCGGCGUUGUUCUUUUGACAGAUGGCCUUGUAGACACUAGUACACCAAGUGAUACAAGCCCAAUGGUUCUGGAGACUGGUACGCGAGCUCCGACGGCAGGUCCAUACGCAUUCAGUCGGUUGCCACCGCCUCCUUCACCACGCUUCUAUUUAACAGCCUCACCACGGAACACAUGGAUGUUCGCUAAUGUUUCUGUUGGAAAUGAUGGCAGAGGCACAAGGGAAGGAUGGUCUCCGGCAAUAAGUGGCAAUUGGUCCAUUGGAGCAUUCGCCAUACAUCCCACUCUCGGUCUUGGAAUAGCGCCUCCACAGCAGUUCACCACUUCUGUUCCUUUGGCGAUCACUGCAGAGCUUCCAGAAACGCUGCAAAAGGGAGAAGCUUUAGCUGCGGUUAUUACCCUCAAGAGCUCGUUGACGGUAGAUACAAAUAUUGAGGUCACAUUCCAUAAUUCAGACCAAUAUUUUGAGUUCGAACCGCUGGAGAACACGGUUGAGUCGACAAAAAAAAUUGAGUUGUAUCGUCGUCUCCGGCUAUCAGUUCCUGCGCUAGGAUCCGUUAGCGCCGCAUUUUUAGUAAGCACUGCGAGAGUUGGCGUAGCCCCUGUGAUUAUCGAAGCUACUGGGAACGGAGUUUCAGCUUCACUGUUUCGCACAAUUACUGUAAAGGAUGGAUAUGACGAAGAAGUAUGGUCCUGGUCUUUACUGGACGCACGUCGUGGGGUUGCGAGAGCAAAUGUAACUCUUUCUCCAGCUCCUGGUACGAAGGUUGCAGCAGUAUCACUUGAAGCGGCUGGAGAUUUGCUUGCAAACUCAUUUCGAGCUCUAAAAGCACCUACUACUGUUGCUGCCGAUGCAACUUACGCAUUACGACCGUUGGCAAGAGCAUGCAUCUUAUUGGACUAUCUACAGGUGACUGAACAGGAUGAUGAAAUAACGAUCUCUAAAGAAGCGCGUGCGCAAGCUUCGUUUGGCUAUCAAAGGUUAAUGGCGUUUCGAAAGAGUGACGGGUCAUUCUCACAAGAGAGCAGUGAUGAUGCUGCAUCUGACGUCUGGAUGACGGCGACUGCAGCCCGUUGGUUGUCUCGAGCAGCACGAUACGUAGAAGUUACGCCCGAUGCAGCCACUACAGCAGCACGUUGGCUAGCCAACGCUCAAGCGACCGACGGCAGUUGGUCACCUCCAUCACCUUCUCAACGAAAUGCUCCGGCGGCGCAAGCGACUCUACCGUUAACUGCUCACGCUCUACUAGCUUUCCUCGAUACCAAGGGUAGCGAGAUAUCAUACAAGAAUGCUAUAAACAAGGCAGUAGAUUACGUGGCCCGACAUAUAACAGACGAUUUGGAUGCGUACACACUGGCCAUAAUCACGAGUGCUUUGACAGCUGCAAGACAUCCGCAGGCCCAGAGAGCUCUUCAGCUAAUGGAAAAGUACGCAAAUACUACGGAUUCAACACUAUUUUGGUCCCGCAAAUUGCCCGGUUCCGAGUGGAGAAACCCUUGGCUGAAAGGGAACAGCUUAGAGGCGUCAACAGCCGCGUGGGGCAUGCGAGCUAUGCUAAACACUCGCCUGGUGGAGGAAGCCGUGCCUGUUGCGAGGUAUCUCCUACAGACUCUUGGACCUCGCGAUCAAGAUCCUGAUGUGUUGGAUGCACUGGCACAGUUUUCUGAAGCGAUAAAGACGUCAACGAAAUUGCGUAUAUCAGUAAACGUGACUGGUUUCGAGGAACCACGUCAAUUCAACAUCGACACAGACAACGCUCUCAUCAUACAGACACAGCUCAUCCGCAACAUGCGAUCAGCAAGCACCACAACUGAAGGUCGUGGUAUAGCUGUGGUGGGUCUUACUGCUAUUGGUAGCACUAAUGUGACAGCAGCCUGGCCUCGUUACACGCUCGACCCCAGGGUGGAUCAAGUCUCUACUAAAGACCGUUUGCAACUAUCCAUUUGUGUAGGAUUCGUGCCUUCUGGAAACGAAACAGAGAGUGGGCUUACUCUACUCACCGUGCAACUACCGUCAGGCUAUCUUGCUGAUAUCAACACUAUUACAGAACUUACAUCAGCUCGUCACGUGGUUGGUGCGCGUUUGUCUAGCGGUGGUUCUCGUGUUUACGCAUGGUUGCGUGCAGAACUGAGAGAGCGUUGUGCUACACUCGCCGCGCCACGAGCUAUGUUCGUUGCGAGGCAACGGCCUGGAUGGGCCACGCUUAUAGACCUCUAUGAUUCGAGCCAUCGUGCUCGUAUGUUCUUCCGCGCGAUACCAAGCAGCGCAUGUGACGUAUGCCGCGAUUGGUCGUCAUGCUCUCGCGCAUGCGGGAAUGUGGCUUCGCAGCGGGCACCCGAUACUACCACACAGUCUCCAAAUUCCGCUACAAAUAUUAAACAUACACUAACCACCAUCUUACUUAUGAUAAUUGUGUUAUUACAAUUUUUAUAG